GGAAUCUAUAUGAGAUUUUCUGGUAAGUAUGCACACAAAAAAGCUCCAGAACAUCAGUGGCCAACUUCCACCUCUUCAUUUUACAUAGAAUCACAGGUACCUUCUCUCUCUCUCUCUCUCUCUCUCUCUCUCUCUAUAUAUAUAUAUAUCUAACAUAAAUACACACAGGUACCUUCUCUCUCUCUCUCUCUCUCUCUCUCUCUCUCUAUAUAUAUCUAACAUAAAUACACACAGGUACCUUCUCUCUCUCUCUCUCUCUCUAUAUAUAUAUAUAUAUAACAUAAAUACACACAUACAUGAAUAUCUGUUUUUUCUUUAAAAUGAUGAUCCAUGGGCUUUGAACAUCAGAAAACAAGUAAUGACAAUCUUUUAUGCUGAGUUUUUGCCACACUGCCUCCCAUAUGGUACCCAGCUGCAAUCCGCUUCCCAUUCUCACCGUAACUCUGUUGUGAGCCGAAUAAACCCUAAACCAAGUGACAUUCGCUCCAGAAAUCCACCAAAUGUCAAGUUUUCUGGUGAAACAAGACCAACCCAUUUGCAAUCUGAUGAUUUGAAAAGAACCCAUUUGAUGAAAUUACUCAAUAGGUCCUGCAAAGCAGGAAAACUUAAUGAAUCACUGUAUUUUCUCGAGUGUGUGGUGAACAAGGGUUACAAACCAGAUGUGAUCCUUUGUACAAAGCUCAUGAAAGGGUUCUUCAAUUCGAAAAAUGUGAAAAAAGCAGAUAGGGUCAUGGAAAUUCUGGAGUUACAUGGUGAACCUGAUGUGUUUGCAUAUAAUGCUCUGAUUAGUGGGUUUUGUAAGAUUAAUCAAAUUGAUUCCGCGAACAAAGUGUUGGAUCGAAUGAGGGCUCGAGGGUUUUCACCUGACAUUGUCACAUAUAACAUAAUGAUAGGGAGUCUUUGCAGCAGAGGGAAGUUAGGGUUAGCUUUGAGGGUGUUGAAUCAGUUAUUGGAGGAUAAUUGUAGGCCAACGGUGAUUACCUACACAAUUUUGAUAGAAGCAACCAUUCUUGAAGGCAGCAUUAGUGAAGCAAUGAAGCUUUUGGAUGAGAUGUUGUCGCGAGGGCUUCAACCGGACAUGUAUACUUACAAUGCAAUUAUAAGGGGAAUGUGCAGAGAAGGAACGAUAGAUCGAGCUUAUGAGUUCGUUAGGAGCUUACCGGAUAAGGGUUGCAAACCGGACGUGAUCUCGUACAACAUCUUGUUACGGACAUUGUUGAAUCGAAGGAAAUGGAAGGAAGGGGAGAAGCUGGUGAGUGAGAUGGUUUCUGAAGGUUGCGAGCCCAAUGUGGUUACUCAUAGCAUUCUGAUAAGCUCAUUCUGUCGCGAUGGCAAGGUUGAUGAGGCAAUAAACGUAUUGAAAGUUAUGAUGGAAAAGGGAUUGACUCCCGACACUUACAGCUAUGAUCCAUUGAUUUCUGCACUCUGCAGAGAGGGGAGGCUAGAUUUGGCAAUUGAGUUCUUGGAUCUUAUGAUCUCGAAUGGUUGCUUGCCAGACAUUGUGAAUUACAAUACAAUAUUGGCUGCUUUGUGCAGGAGUGGAAAUGCUGAUCAGGCAUUCGAAAUUUUUGAGAAUCUUGGCAACAUUGGUUGUCCUCCGGAUGUGAGUUCUUACAACACAAUGAUGAGUGCUUUGUGGAAUAACGGAGAUAGAACUAGGGCAGUGAGAAUGGUUUCAGAGAUGAUAAGCAAACGGAUUGACCCUGAUGAGAUUACGUUCAAUUCACUACUCUCGUGUUUGUGCAGAGAUGGAAUGGUGGAUGAGGCAAUCAGGUUGUUGGAGGACAUGGAGAUUAGCGGUUUCCCACCAACUGUGAUCACUUACAACAUUGUGCUUCUUGGGCUAUGCAAAGCUCAUAGAAUCGACGAUGCCAUUGAAGUUCUAGCAAAAAUGGUCAAAAGGGGCUGCAGACCAAAUGAAACUACCUACAUUCUAUUGAUUGAAGGGAUCGGUUUUGCUGGUUGGCGAGCUGAGGCUAUGGAGUUGGCGAAUUCCCUCUUUGAGAUUCAUGCUAUUUCAAACGAGUCAUUUAAGCGUUUGAACAAAACUUUCCCUAUGCUCUAUGUUUAUAAAGACUUCAGUCAUUCAGAAACUAAGUAGCAGCUCACCAAGAUCUCUUUGAUAUGUUACUGAUCUUUGAAAUGGGAAGUUCAUGUUCCAUCUCUUUGGUUCUGCUUUUGUCUCUCUUACAAUGUAUUGUAUGGGUUUUUCAUGUAAUGAGGGACGUGAAGUUCGGGUUUGGAGUACUGAUGAUCUUCAUUAAGGAGAGCCAUCCUAGUUUCUCAGAGAGUUGAAGGUGCUGAAGUUGUUUAAUCUUCCAUUUCUUCUUCGUUGUAGAAUGUCUGAUCGAUCACCUUCAAUCCCGCGUCGUGCUCUUUGAUUUCCCCCCAACAGUGAAUGAGGAAUCUUAAUUUUUUGAAGACAAUGCAGGAGAGGAGUAAGUGAUGUAUAUUAUUGUAGUGUGCUUCAGUUACUAAAGGGUGUCUCUAGUCUCCACCUAACAUGUCCAUUAUUUGUUUCUGCAUCUAUAAUCAGCAUGAGAUACAGUUGAAUGAUAUAUAAAAAAGCCAGAGAAACCUCAUGUCUUCCAUAUUUCUGUUUUACUUUCAGUAAACAUGUACUUAAUUUUCAGUGUCGUCUUUAACUAUUUACAUGUGUGAUUUUAUAUGGUUGAACUGUUUUGAGGUUGGCUUUGAGUGGGUAGGAUGAAAAUUUUUACCAUCAACCAAGAAUUUGAUCAAUUGACCAUUUUAUGAAUGUUCAAACCCAAAAUCUUCGAAACAAGAGAUGUGAAUUAAAUUCUUGGUAAUCCUAGAUAGUUUAAUUUUGUGUAGAGAGAGAGAGAGAGAGAGGAGAGAUUAAUCUGAUUACAUUUUCAUGCCGGACAAUCCUGUAUCUAUGUAUAGAAUCCAAGUUAAAUUGGCGUUGGCUAAUGAGAAUGCAAAGGGUGGGGAUCAUAUAGCUUCUGAACUCUGAAGUCAGCAUCUUAAUAUCUCUCUCCACAGAUAUAUAUAUAUAUAUAUAUAUAUAUAUAUAUAUAUAUA